AUUACGCACUUCCGCCGUCGUGACGUCACUUCUGGCCGUCAAUAUGCGGCGCUGAGAAACGGAACCUCUGGAAAGAUGUAAGCGGCUCGCCGAGCUCGGCCUAGCCUCGUCAAGUCGUCACUACAGCCGGCACCUCUAGAACCAGCGAAGCGGGACCUCGGCAGGGUCGUUGGAGCGGCCAAGGCAGGCUCGCCUACCGCCGAGCAGCUGGGAGAAGUAGCGGAGUGUCUGGGCUCCAGCAGCCAUCUUUAGCGACACAAUGUCCGGGGCGACGCGGCGGCCCAGCUCGGUGUCCGGUACCGGAGGCCGGAGCCUGACGCCGGUCACCGGGCUGCUGCUGUUGCUGCUAGCCAGGCAGCUCGGAGGCGCCGAGGCCAAGGAGUGCGACAAGCCGUGCGUAAACGGCCAAUGCAACGCGGCGACGGGCAGCUGCGUGUGCUCCCCCGGCUGGGUCGGGGACCAGUGCCAGCACUGCGGAGGACGCUUACGACUAACGGCGCCCUCUGGCAUCCUGUCCGAUGGACCUGGAAACUACAAAUACAAGACCAAGUGCACGUGGCUCAUCGAAGGACAGCCAAAUUCCAUCCUUCGCCUGCGCUUCAAUCACUUUGCCACAGAGUGCAGCUGGGACCACCUCUACGUCUAUGACGGAGACUCCAUAUAUGCCCCGCUGCUGGCUGCCUUCAGCGGUCUGAUCAUUCCUGAGAGCUACGGGAACGAAACGGUACCCGAGGUGGUGUCGCAGUCCGGAUACGCUUUGCUGCACUUUUUUAGCGACGCCGCCUACAACCUGACUGGACUCAACAUCUCAUACAGGGUGAACACAUGUCCUAACAACUGUUCCGGCAGUGGAGAGUGCCGCCUGUCCAACGACACGGGGAAGCCCUACUGUGACUGUCAGGACAAGUGGAAAGGGGACGCCUGUGACGUUCCUUAUUGCCUGGACGACUGCGGGUACCCUGAGAGAGGACGCUGCAGGGAUAAGACAUGCGUCUGCGGGGUGGGCUGGCAAGGUCCAGACUGCUCCGUCUCUGUCCCCGCCGACUCGGCCUUCUGGAGCCGCGAGGCGUUCAGCGAUCCCGGCCUCGCCAGGGCGUCCCACAAGGCAGUGGUGGAGCAGGAUGUCAUGUGGGUCAUCGGAGGCUACGUCUUCAACGCCUCCGACUACCACAUGGUCAAAGCGUACAACCUAAGCAGCAAAACCUGGAUGACCCUUGACCCCUCUGUCAACACGGUCACGCCACGAUAUGGACACUCUUUGGCUCUCCAGGAGGGUAAGAUCUACAUGUACGGAGGCAAAAUCGAUUCCACUGGAAACGUGUCCAGCCAGCUGUGGGUUUUUCACGUCCAGAACCAAACGUGGGUUCUUUUGAGCCCCCGCAGCAAGGAGCAGUACGCCGUGGUGGGACACUCAGCUCACGUGGUGCCGCCCCAGCAAGACGGGGAGGCCCCCGUGAUGCUUGUGCUGUUUGGACACUGUCCUCUCUACGGAUACAUGAGCCUGGUGCAGGAGUACAACAUCAACAAGAACACGUGGAGUGUGGCAACCACGGAGGGGGCGCUGAUCCAGGGGGGCUACGGACACAGCAGCGUGUUGGACGCGUCCACCAGAGCCAUCUACGUCCACGGAGGCUACAAGGCCUUCAGCGCAAACAAGUACGGCCUGGCGGGAGACCUCUACAAGCUGGACGUGGACACCAGGAAGUGGACCAUCCUGAGGGACAGCGGCUUCUUCCGCUACCUCCACACGGCUGUGAUGGUGAGUGGCGCCAUGCUGGUGUUUGGAGGCAACACGCACAACGACACGUCCAUGAGUCACGGCGCCAAGUGCUUCUCCUCGGACUUCCUGGCCUACAGCCUCGCGUGUGACGACUGGACGCUGCUGCCCCGACCGGAACUUUACCACGAUGUCAACCGCUUCGGACACUCGGCGGUGGCCAGCGACAGCGUGAUGUACGUGUUCGGCGGCUUCAACAGUCUGCUCCUCGACGACGUCCUCGUGUACACGUCUCCCCGCUGCGUUGCCUUCUCCAGCCCCGCCUCUUGCAGCCAGGCGUGGCCCGGUAUCCAAUGCGUGUGGAAUAGCACGCUUGCUUCCUGUCUGCCGUGGGAGGGCACCGCCGUCUCUGGUGCCGCUGCGGACCAGCAGCCGCUGCUGGCGGCGAGCUGCACCACCAGAUCCUACGCUGAUAACGAGCGCUGCGACCAGUACACUGACUGCUACAGCUGCACCGCCAACACCAACGGCUGCCAGUGGUGCUCCAUCCAGUGCGUCUCGCUGGGCAGCAACUGCACCUCGGCCUCGGGUCCUAUCGCCGACUACGACGCCUGUCCCAGGGACAGCCCGUCGUACGUGUGCAACAAGAAGACCAGCUGCAAGAGCUGCGCCGUGGACCAGAACUGCCAGUGGGAUACACGUGACCAGGAGUGCAUCUCACUGCCAGAUAACGUUUGUGGCGAGAGCUGGCACCUGGUGGGCAACUCCUGCCUGAAGUUCAUCACGGCCAGGGACUCGUACGACAACGCCAAACUGGUUUGCCGCAACCACAACGCUGUGCUGGCGUCGCUCACCACGCAGAAGAAGGUGGACUUUGUCCUGAAGGAGCUGCAGAUCAUGAGCGUGGUGUACAAAGCCUCCGUGACCCCCUGGGUGGGCCUCCGCAAGAUCAACGUGUCCUACUGGUGCUGGGAGGACAUGUCCCCGUUCACCAACACCUCCCUCCAAUGGCUGCCCGGCGAGCCCAGUGACGCUGGCUUCUGCGGCUACCUGGCCGAGCCCGCCUCCAGUGGCCUGAAGGCGCAGACCUGCAUCAGCCCCGUCAACGGCAGCUUGUGUGAGCGGCCAGCCAACCACAGCGCCAAGCAGUGCCGGACGCCGUGCGCCAUGCGUGCCACCUGCAGCGAGUGCACCAGCAGCACUUCGGAGUGCAUGUGGUGCAGCAACAUGAAGCAGUGCGUGGACUCCAACGCCUACGUGGCGUCCUUCCCCUUCGGCCAGUGCAUGGAGUGGUACACCAUGAACACCUGUCCACCUGAAAACUGCUCGGGCUACAGAACGUGCGCUCAGUGUUUGGACCAGCCAGGCUGCGGCUGGUGCACGGACUCCAGCAACACGGGCAAGGGUCAGUGCAUCGAGGGCUCGUACCGCGGCCCCUUCCAGACCUCGGUCCCGGCACCGUCCACGCUGCCCGGCCUGCCCGCCGACCCCCCGCCGGCUCUCAACGCCAGCAUGUGUCCCAGCGAGGCCCACUACAACUGGUCCUUCAUCCACUGUCCAGCUUGUCAAUGUAACGGCCACAGCCGCUGUGUCAACGAGAGUGUGUGUGAGAAGUGCGAGGACCUCACCACGGGCCGCCACUGCGAGAACUGCAUAUCUGGUUUCUACGGCGACCCCACUAACGGCGGAAGCUGCCAGCCGUGCAAGUGUAACGGCCACGCCAGCAUGUGCAACCCCAACAACGGGAAAUGUUUCUGCACCACCAAAGGCAUCAAAGGAGACCGCUGCCACCUGUGUGAAGUGGAGAAUCGUUACCAAGGCAACCCACUCAAAGGCACCUGCUACUACACUCUGCUCAUCGAUUACCAGUUCACCUUCAGCCUGUCGCAGGAGGACGACCGCUACUACACCGCUAUCAACUUUGUGGCCACGCCAGAGGAGCCGAACCGAGAUUUAGAUAUGUUCAUAAAUUCGUCCAAGAACUUCAACCUGAACAUCACCUGGGCCACCAGCUCCACAGCGGGGACGCAGACUGGCGAGGAGAUCCCCAUCGUGUCGCGCAGCAACAUCAAGGAGUUCAAAGAUAGCUUCUCCAACGAGAACUUCGACUUCCGGAACAGUCCCAACAUCACCUUUUUCGUCUACGUCAGCAACUUCACGUGGCCCAUCAAGAUUCAGAUCGCCUUCUCGCAGCACAGUAACUUCAUGGACCUGGUCCAGUUCUUUGUCACGUUCUUCAGUUGCUUCCUGUCACUGCUGCUGGUGGCCGCCGUCGUCUGGAAGAUCAAACAGAGCUGCUGGGCUUCACGGCGACGAGAGCAACUGCUGAGGGAGAUGCAGCAGAUGGCCAGCCGGCCUUUUGCCACCAUAAACGUUGCCUUGGAGACGGACGAGGAGCCGCCCGACCUGAUAGGAGGAAAUGUCAAGUCUGUCCCCAAGCCCAUCGCCUUGGAGCCAUGUUUUGGCAACAAAGCUGCUGUGCUCUCCAUCUUUGUACGUCUGCCGCGGGGCAGCGGGGGCAUUCCCCCCCCAGGGCAGUCGGGUCUGGCGGUGGCAAGCGCACUGGUGGACGUGUCUCAGCAGAUGUGCGUGGGCUACAAGGAGAAGUCGGGAGCGCUGAGGAACCGCAAGCACCCGCCCAGCGCCCAACCCUCCACCUGCAUCUGACUCCGCCCCCCCUGGACCAGCCCCCCCCCUUUCAGGAAGAGGUGCAUGCUGGGAGGCUGUGACUGGCAAAGUCAGGACCUUGAUGGAUGUCCUUACGAAGGAACUUUAGCCCCACCCCCCUCAAAGUGAAUGAUACACCAAGCCUGAGCCCCCCCACCCCGAAUAGAGACAUUUAAACCGUCUUGUUGAGGCGGCGUUGCUGCUAGAAGAGAUCUCAUCUCAUCAUUUUUAUUAUUUACUUGUUUUUUUGUCUCCUUUGCGCUUUAUGUGAACACACACCAUGCCCCGCCCCCUGCGCCGCAUGUUGGCUACCCCCAGUACCUCGAGGUCCAAGUUUGCUUCGUCUUCUGGUGGACGGCACUUGAGUCCGGUUCAAGUAGCGCCACCCUCGUAACCAUGGCGACUGUGGAGUUCCAACAGGCUCUUUGCAGGUGCAGCAUCUUUAUGGUCUUUGGUGAAGUCUCUUGGAACUAGAAGCUCCAAGACGUUUACACUGGAUUAUAUUUACGGUAUGUGUGUUUUUCAAAAAUGUCCUUUUUCCUCCAGCUAGCGGGCCUCAGAAGCUAGCUUGUUUCCUUGUGUUAUUAGAGUUUAGAAAAACAAAAAACACUUCGCUAUUUCAGUUGAACUUUUGACAACGCGUGACUGAACAGGUUUUUAAUUUAAAAAAAGAUCUACACUAUACUUACCACUUGUUUUUAGCGGCAACGCCCCUGAGAAGCUAGCUAGCAUCAGUAGCUACGUUUUUGUUCGAGGGUUUCACCAGCUAGCUGUCUAAACCUCUGUUGUUUUCAAGUUGUCAAAUGAAAUACCUUUCUUGACUAAACAUUUUAUUUAAGGCUUUUAUAUUCACACAAAUGCAUGUUUACCACCAGCGUUUGUUAUUCAACCUUCCAGUCUUCGCUUACCGCCAGCUAGCGUUAGAAGCUAGCUUGUUGUUUUUUUUGUCUUUUUUUGACGAAAAACCCUCAAGUUUUUAAAGAUAUUUAUAAGUUUUGGUGAGCGUGAACGCACCUUAAGAAACUAGCCAGCGUAAGAAGCUAGCUUGACGUUCAAUACUUCCGGAAGUUUCAUGAACGUUAAUCUUAUUUUUUAAUAUCUAUUUUAUAUUUUGUUUAUUUUUCUUUGCUUACUGCUAACUGCCAUGAAAAGCUAGCUUGUUCUUGUAAGGCUGGCCUUGGGUCCUUAUUUUAUUUUUCUUUGAGACGAGUGAAGCUAGCACGGCUAUCUUUCAGGCUAGCUUUCUCUUCUGUUUGACUAAAACCAGACAUGACUGCUGUAAAAACAAACAAACAACGGAAAUUGUGCCGCGAAGGGCUCCACAGUGGCUAAAGGAAGUACAGUAGGGAAGGGGAUUCAUAUGGCCACAUUCGCAGCGGUUUACCUGACACAUGAAACGUGACAAAUUGGGCGGGGUGCAAAUCUACUUGAGUAGAAAAUGUGUUUUGAAGCAAUUCCAACUUUGACCACAGUGUCAGUUGCUAUGUAGAGUGGCACUUUCCAUCAUUUUCAGCAGACUGCAUUGCAAAAUUAUUAAUCCCUUCUCUACUGUAAGUACAGUUUUACCUCGGGAUACGAGUUUAACUAGUUCUUUUAAAUAACAUUUAUUCCAUGCUGUGCACCCCACAAAACCAGCAUAUUUUUAACAUACAACAUGCCUUUUUAAAAAGAAAAACUAACUUCAAAUAGGAACUAUUGUAUCAAAACUGUUCCCAACAUAAAGUCAUGUCGAUCUCUAGCUAUUAGCUAAUGCUAGCGAGUUGUUUGCAUCUUACGGCGUUCGCUCUGGCAUUCACUACGCCAACUAGUGUUUGGGAGGCUCCUAGCCUGAAUUUUUGCUAGUAGUCUAAAGCAUAAAAACGUUACAAUGUACCGUAUUUUCCGGGCUAAAGAGCGCGCCGGUAUAUAAGCCCCACCCACUAAAUUUUAGAACAUUUUUUUUUCUCCAUAUAUUAUCUGCACCUGACUGUAAGUCGCAGAUAUAUAUGUUGUGAAAUGAGUUAUUUACAUAAAAAGAUACUGUAAAUGUUUAUUUACAUACUUUAAAUGUCUGUAACACGGCAGUAAAACGGCUGAUCAAACAAAACAGAAGUCAUGGUCAUGGACCCACUAGCUGUGCAAGCUAGCUCUCCAAUCAGCUAAACACACUCAAUAACUUCACGGCGACGUUUUGGUGAAUUUACUGAGGAAUUUGUGAAACUGAAACAAUACAAAAAUAAUGCCGUUGUAAGUUAAUAAUACUAACACAGAUACUCGUAAGUGCUAACGACGUUAGCGUCAUUACAUCACAAUAGCACGUACACAUAUGCAUGCAAACACUCCUACAGACAUCACACAUGGGAUGUUUUAGUACGUAUGAAUUGUUUUAGUCAUAUUGUAAAACUUACAAACGUUGCUUGGAUUGAUGAAUGGAGUAGAAACAUGGGUAGAAACGCUAUGUAUGGCUGGCUACAAGACUGAACAACACUUCUAUUUCUGAUUAAAACCACUAAAUGAAAGGAAACUUAUGGCGCCAUAGCACAAACACCUCAGCGUAUUUACUUGUUUUUUUUGGUGUUUUUUUAACUUAUUAUGGCCAUCGGUGAAGAAGAAUCCGUAGAUUAGCUGCACCGUUUUAUAAGCCGCAGGGUUCAAAGUGAAGUUCACAUCUUACUUUCAGCAGAAUAUUUCCUAAGCUCGAUGACAAAAACGGUUUACGACCUUUCAAAUACGAUUUCUGGCAUUAGGAGAACUGUCACCUUCAAACUCCAAUAAAGUAACGCUUCCUGAGGCUGAGCCAAUCAGCGGCCACAAAAUUAAACGGCGUGCUCUGAUUGGGCCAUUACUACUGUAGUAUGAAUAUGUUUAGUUAUUUUAGCCAAAUUCAGGACAAAAUCACGUAGAAUAUAUCUUCCCCCCUGCUGCUUAAGACCAUUUUGACAUAUGACAUACCUUUUUAAAAAGAAACACGUAAGUUUUAGUUCAAAAAUGUAUUUAAAAGGAGUUCAUCUUACUGUGGCAUUCAAUACGCCAACUAGUGGCGGGGAGGCUCCUCGCCUGAGUUUUAAAACACAACAAUAGAAUGUACUACAGUACGUACACAAAGCUUGUAGUGAUGUCACACAGGAAGUAGGUAUACUCCCAUCUGGCAGCCAUGACAAUGCGCUUUUAGUCCACAUUUCUUUCAUCAUUUCCGACCCCUACAGGCAGAACUAGGUAUUUUUUCUUGUGUUUUUUUUUUUUUUUUUUAGCUUAACGCCAUCCUUUUUGUAGUCCAGAUUCUCCAGACAAGUCCGAGAUUUCUUUAUUUAAUCCAAUAAAUACCACCCGGGCCUUCUUGUCCUUGUCAUGUCGCUCUUUAGCUGUAAGCUAAUGCUAGCAAGUAGGACACGCUUCGUUGUGUCGUUUGUUAUGCUAGCUCGCGGUGAGCAGGCUCCUCCCCCUAAAGCACAACAGUAGUCUCCAAGAACUCGGGCAUGCGUAUCCCCAGGUAAAGGAAGGACCGUGUGAGAAGAACUUUGGAGUUGUGCAAAGAAAAACGGAGUCAUCAUGACUUGCCACAACUAAAGCAUAAAAACCACAAUGCAAAAUAUUUGUUUUCACCUAUUUCAAUUCAAUAACACGCACACACACACACACACACACACACACACACACACACACACACACACACACACACACACACACACACACGUGUCACUUCCUGUGCAGUCACUUCCUGUGCAGUCACUUCCUGCUACUUCAGGAUGGCUUUGAGGUGAUUUUUCGGGAAAACUGCGAGUAUUUUGGGAUGAUAUUCGUCCUCAUUUUGCCGACUGUUAAGAAUGAAAAAAAAAAAAGACAGACAGGAAACGGACGUUUAAAAAAAAAAAAAAAAUGAUGAAUUAUUUUAUAUUCUUUACUUCAUUUUUUUUUAACGCACAUUAUUUUGGAAAAAAAUCUAAAUCUUGUAUUUUGAUUUUCUUUCUUAGGCACAAUAGGGUUAGUUUUUGUCCAUGAAUGUAACGCUAGCUUGUUGUGCAGGAUGAAGAUCCUACUGCUGUAAUAAUAACUGCUUCCAAAGAUGGAGUCAUGGGAACACAACAAAAAGGCAGAUAAAUUACCUUUUUUUUUUUUUUUUUUUUUAACUUGACCUUUUCACCUCCUGUUUACCGCCAGCUUCCUUCUUUGCGUUUACAUCUGUUGUUCAUUCUAACGACUCAUCUACGUGCUCGUGUUGUUGUCCAAUCCCUGCUGAAGCUUUCGUUUGGGGGCUUUUAUUGUAAAGGGCAGGAGGAAGCGUGCCGUCUGAAAUGCCGGGAAUGGACAUGAAUAGUGCCGUGGGGCUGCACAGGCUUGGACCUUUGAUCGUUCCCUAAGGAUGUCGGACUCGAGGGGGUUUGACCUUUGACCUCUUAACGCGUCGGCCAUCUUGGCCUCCAACCUGCUGAACGAAAGCCCUCAAACGCUGUUUUAUUUCAUCAUGGUUUAUUUACUGCGGUACCUCGGUUUUCCUCACUCAUUUCAAAAAUAUGAACAAAAUUGUAUAAAAUUUUACUUUAUUGAACAAUUCUUCCUUGAAUUCAAUAGUGGAUGUAUAGGGGUCAUUUCUCACCUUCUUUAUCAAAGUUCUGGCCUUCAGAAGAUUGACGGAGUCACCAUCUUAUUGUUUGAGUACUGGAUUGUGCUGCAAAACGGACGACUUUGUCAUUUAUCAGGAUGUUUGGCCCUAGAACCAUCGAGACGUGUACGAAAAUGGGCCACGAUUUGUCAAACUGAAUCCCAGGAAAAGCGGGGCGUCUAAAAACCGAGGUGGCACUGUUCUUACGAGUGGUCAUGAGAACCAGGUCAUUGUCCCGCCCCUCUGGUGUUCCUGUUUGUUGAUUUGUAUCAUUUAGGAAUCUUUGUAAAUAACGAUGAAUGACAUUUUCUCGGACGGUUUUAAAAAGUUAGUAAUUUAUGCAGUGUUAAAAAACAAAAAAAGUGAUUGCUUCGCGUUUCAUUAGCAUCUUUUGUAUGUGAAGAAGCAAAUGUUGUAAACCUUCAAUAGAAGCUUGUAAUUUACUGAGGUGUACAUAAACAUUUUGGACUGAUUCAAUUCAAUGUGAACAUUAAAACUAGAAGUGGACUCCUUGUCUUCACUUCUUCACCAACGUUGUUCCUAAGAGUCGACACGGAACACCGUGUGUCACUUGGACAGCCAACUUGUGAUCAGGAAGCACUUGUUUCGCUCACCAGGAAAAGGUCGUAGUUGGAGGCGUGGCGUGCUGCAUUUGACAUCGGUUUUUGUCACCGUCAUCCAUGUAAACGAAACUGAAAAAAAGAAUAAUCAAAAGAUGAAAGAAAAAAUCAAAUAAAAAAUCUUAGUACAAAAAAAUAAAUAGAACUAAGGUAAACAUAACUAAGAGGGUAAAAACCAAAAUCAAUAAAACAUGAAUUAUAAAAAAAAAUGGAACUAAGAAGAAAAAAUAAGAAGUAGUAGAUGGAACAAAAAAAAAUCAAACUAAGAAAAAAACUGAAAUAAAUAUUUACAAAUAAAUGGAAUUAAGAAAAAAAAACAAUUGAAAAAAUCUUAAUAUAAAAAAUAUAAAUAGAACUAAGGUAAACGUAACUAAGAGGGUAAAAACUAUAA